AUGUCGGACUGGCAAGACGAUUUGAAUGCUGAUUUGGCGAAGAAAAAAUGGAAGAAUCUAUGUGACACCUUUUCGAAGGAGUUGCGGAAGAUAGUGAAAUGCAGAUCAGGUGACGCUUGCAGGUUGAACUUUAAAGCGUAUACCACAUGGCCUUAUUUUGAGUCGAUGAUGUUUCUUCGACAUCAACUUGCGAUGUGGAACUGUUGUUCGAGGAAAGCUUGGACGAAAGUGUUCUAUAUCCGGAAGAUUCUGGAACUUCAAAACAUACAUGGAACACAUUCCCGUACUCAGGUCAACGAGGACAGAAUAUCCAAUAAAUGUGCACAGCAGCAGCUAGUCGACGUAGAGGCUAGGAAGCGAGAGCUUCUGGAAGAAAAGACGAACCGCAAGACAAAUCCAGAAGAUGAAGACGAUGCGGAUUUUUUUUGA